CUGUUUAAUCGAUAGUGUUGAGGAAUUUUCUUGAGUGUUUACGGAUGUCUUCGCCGCAGCCGGGAAAGUCCACCGAUGCGAAUAUGGUGGCAAUUAAUAAGAAUAUCGUGGAGUUGAAGAAGAAGAUCCUCCUGGCUGAGGGUCAGAGGAAGGCUUACAGGGGAGAAUGGGAAGAGGAGCAGAAGGCAAAUUCUGAGAAGAUUGCCGAUCUCAAGAAGAACAUCAAGGAGCUAACGGUGAAAUUGAAGUAUUUGAAGACAAAAAAUGCUCAAAAGCCUCAAAAUCAUGAGACUAUCAAGAAGUUAGAUCUUCCUCCAGGUGCUAAGAAUGCCGAGGAAGCUGUCCAUGUGCUGGACUUGAAAGUUAUUGACCUGAAGAAACAGGCAGAUCUCACGCAUGAUCACUAUAUCAAGAGGCAAAAGUUCUUCGAUCGCCUCGUUGAGGAAUAUCAACGGCUCUACGUCAGUAAGAAUAAACUGCCCUCGGAGAAUUCUGUUCCAGCUUCAGAGACCGUCGAGGAAGACCACAAUCGUCGAUUGAUUUGUCAUCUGGAGAAUGAAAUCCAUCGGACCUCUGUCCAAUGGAUGGAAGCAGAGCAUAUCCGGAAGAAAUAUCGUUCAAUCAAGGCAUCCCUCAUGACAGACGCUGAGAACUUCGAAUCGAAUCUCCUGGAGCUGGAACAAGCCAUCACGGAGCAACAAACUGAAAUUGACAAGCUCCAUGCUGUCAACCAGGAAGCUCUCCAGAUGCGAGAUUCCACGAAGCUGGUGCUGCAGAAGCAGGAACAGCAAGCAUCGAGUUCCAACAGAGCCAGGGAGAAACAAGCCCUGGACUUCCGGAGACAAGUGGAUGAGCGAAAAAUGGAAUUAGAGAGGCUAGAAAGAAGAAUUUUCGCCACGGGAAAGACCCUAGUCCAUCAGGAGAGUGCAGGAUCUGGUUCAGGAGAUGCUCAGACAGGGAAAGGAGCAUACGACACUGACCCAAGUGCCCAUGCCAAAGAAAGUACAAACGUCAUGGACUUGGCAUUCCGGAAGCUCAUGGAAUCCACCGGAGCCACAGCCACAAAUGAAGUUCUCGGAAGAUUUCUAGCACAGCGAGAAGCCACAACGAGAUUGGCCUAUCUCCGAAAUGUCACAGAAACAGCCAAGAAAGAUCUUGAACACCAGAGAGAUACCCUCUCCUCCCAAUUGGAUGAAUUCCGUUUUGCAGACAUUAAAGAAAAUGAGGUAAAUCAGGAGGAAGUUGAGAAACUAAAAACACAAAUUUCUGACCAAAACACUCGCGAAGUUGCCUGUGAAACUGCCUCCGAACACACCCGGAAAGUCUCCGGAUCCAUCAAAGACAGCCUCUUUGAGUUACUGCUCAAAUUGCGGGAUCUAGAUGAGCUGACUGAGCAGAAUGUUUGGCGCAAAACCACUGAAGGCAUUGAGGAUUUUGACUUCUUCACAGCAGCCUCAAUUCCCAGUGAUUUGCUCCUGAAAGUGCUCCAGGAAAGCCUGAAGCUAGUGAUGAAGCUCCAUGCUGGGCAGGAAAUUGACCGAGAAAUGGCUGAAGAGAAAGUCGAAGAAGGUGAAGAGAAAUCCAUUGAGGAUCUCUCAAUUCCUCUUCAAUCACCACUUCCUCCGGAAGAAAAAGAAAAGCCCGCUGCCUUUCCAGCUUGCUACGCCAAUUUAUUUGCAAAUCGUGGAACAGGAGGACAAACCACGUCAAUUUCUCCUGGACAAGCUCCUCAAACUAUCACCUCUGACGACGAGGGCGAUGUCCCCUCCAGACACUACUUGAAGCGACAGGCACAGCUAAUAAUUGACUCAAAGUCACGCAGAAAGGGAUUCCGCGUGCAGUUGCCGCGUCGGAAAUAGACAAUAAAUGCGCUACUGAAUCGGCAAAAAUCUGCGCACGAAUGAUAACAACUGAAUCGUCUGAGACACACAUUCAAUUACACUUUAUUCACUUUUACAAUAACGUUAGAAGAGUCUGUAUUUUCUGCCUGGUUCAUUGUGUAUGAUGGAUCUCUUCAGCAGAUUUUCUAUUCAUCAAUGAGCUGAGUAUAUUAGUUCCCUUGGUAAAUCAUCUUAAAAUCAGAUUCUAUUGCAUUGUCUGCAGCGUGAUUGUUAUCUUCACAUUUAUACUGUUACUGUUUCCUCUGCGGUGAGUUUAUCGCUUCUAUUUCUUUUUUUUAACUUAUUAAUACUAUAGUUUUGUGUAGAUUAUGGCUUAACAUUGACGAUAUUUCAUGUUAUUUCAUUAUUUUACCACACAAAAUAAAAAUAAAAAAGCACUAUAUUGAUAUCGUCUUGGUAUAGUGAGAAAACUUAUUUUCAUCAGUUUUCUUCAUGUUAAAAAUGCUGCUUUUUUUUAGUCAAAUAUUUCUUCGUGAUGGGUUCUUGCUUGUUUUUUUUCCUUUUCUUCUUCAAUGAAUAAAUAACACGAAUACUUUUGUUGGUUCACUACAGAUAAAAUUUCACUUAAAAGUACUUGUUUUUAAUUUUUUUUUCUUUUAAAUAUUGCACAUUAAAUUAAGCAGUGUUGUGUUUCUAUCAUUCACAUUUCUACCAAAUAUUUUACACAAGAUUUUUGUUUCUUUGAAAAUUUAGAUAUUGUACUUGUUUUUGGUGAAAAUUACACAAAUUUCUCUCAAAACUGAUUUUUGAUUGAUAGCCUCAAAGAAUUUUGAGGUUAUGAUGAAUCUAACCUCAAUAAAAAGCGACGUAUUUUCUUGUGGCGAAAAAUGAUUGUUUUUAUGCUUUUGGGGAUUUUAAAAUACUUCUCGGUUUUUUAAAUACAUCAAAUUUAAACUUGAAAUUUAUAACCUAUAAAUACUUACGGAAGUAAAAUAAAAAUGGUGAAAGUACACUCGUGCUUGAAUUGGGUUUCAUAAAUGAGAAAAAUCAUAAAAAAAACAUCUUACAGUAGAGUCUCUCAAAUCUGAAUCUCUAAAAUUCGAACGCCGUUUGGAUUCAAAAUGUCAAUUGUGAGGUUAUGUUGGAAAGUUCGUAUUCUCGGUGAAUGAAAAUCAUAUUUAUGUGCUUUUUCCUGAAUGUUUACAUACAUAAUUAUCGUAUAAAAUGAAAAGGAAGUAUGUUAUCACUAAAAUUUGCGAGAAAGUACGAGAAUUUGAUUCAAAGUACAAUUUAAUCUCAGGUAAAUUUCGUUGGUUUUGAACAAAUCGUUCGAAUUUGGGAGGUGAGAAAUGUCAAAAAUACCCCCAGAGCGUUCGAACUUAGGAGACUCUACUGUAUUUUUCUCUUUGACCAAGAGGUUAGCUUGGAAUUUGAGGUUAUGCUUAGCAUAACCUCAAAAUCCACAUAAAAAUAUUGCUUUGCAAAUUCACGUAAAUUGUGCGUUCAAAUACAAGAUUUUUAUCAAUAAUUUAGGCUGAAAGAUAAUGUUACGAUUGAAAAUGUUUAUUGUGUAAAGAUUUACCGACUGAUGACUUUGGCUUUCGGAAUUUACCCUCUGCAGAUUUGUCUCCUUGCUCUUCGUAAGAUUUUCUUUAACUCUAGCACUUAAGGACGGUCUUGACCACUCGGCUGGAGUAUAUUCCGAAAAUUUCCGAUAAAGAUUCUGAUAUAUCUACAGUAUCAAUUUUUGAUGGUUUGAAUUUUUUAAAUUCCCCAGAAAUCUUUAUAGAAAGCAGAAUAUAUCGCUUUAUUUGUAUUUAAAAUAUUUAAUAUAUAAUGCUAAAGUUUCAAGUCCUUUCAUUAAUAUUGGAACAUUGGAUUUUUCUUUACGACAACCUGAAGUUUCAAGGUUAACGCAAAGAUAACCUCAAAUUUCAAAAUAAACAUUUUACCCAAUUUUAAAUUAAUAAAAUCUCAAGUAACUAGGGGAAGCCUUUGCAGCUUCGUACAAUUGCAACUUCAUAAUAGGGUGGAAUCACCACUUCUCGCCAGAGUGCCCCACUUUUCGC